AUGGCAGUCUUCCCGCUGACCUCCGGAGAAGGUCGGAAAUGCAGGAUCUCGAAUGACCUGGGAUCGUCAGGGCUCCUACCGGAUGCAUCAACGCCUGAAAGGGGUCCAGGAUCGGCGGCCAUUGGACUCCGAAAAACGCCGCUGUGCCUGGAUUCUCUUCUUUCGGAUGAUGGUCGUACGGCCUGUGCAUCAGAAACAUUGAAAUUUGGGACGCAGAUAAGGACCCCUAAUUUCUGGAUCGUGUGGCAUUUUUCGAUCGUCGGGAGAAUUGAAAACCGACAUGGGAGUCAAAGCACAGACGGGGAUAAUAUUUUUCAGGGUCUUUCAGGGUUCUGGGUUGAGUCGGUGAAGCAGAGAGGUUUUGUACACGUGUUCGGAGUUCAACCUCCUGCAACUCUCACGCCGCGGCUUAUCAUUUCAUGCAAAAAGAACCUAAAUAGGGGCUAUUUCGCCGGAAAGGAACAUCCUGGAUCUUCGGUCAUCGAGUUGCGCGAAACGAUCCGCAGCGAAGUCGGAAUGGCUUCAACACUUGGCCGAAAUUUAUGA